AUGAGAUCCAAUGUGGAUGGGGAUGAGAAAGAGGAUAUCUGGCUAAUGGGUCUGAGGCCUAAGGAGAUGAAAAUGCCCAGAUCUGCGCAUUAUCGGCUCAAAAUCCUCGAAUAUGACGUAAAUGGGGACUGGACUCGAAAGCUCAUAGGCAGACAGGCAGUGAUUUUGAUGAUGAUGAUGAUGGUGAUGAUGAUGAUGCUUUUGAAAAGCGAUGUGGAAGGGGAUCUAAAUGAAAGUCAGAAGCCCUUUAAAUGGCAUCUGGAGCUGGUAGUGACACACUCUUAG